AUGUCUAAGCUAAAUUUGGGUCCCGUCAAGACGUUUAAUGUUAUGAAGACUUGUUUUGGCGGUUUUGAAGACGUUGGUGCAAGAAAAGUUGAAUUUAAGAACUAUAAGAGAUACUCUAUGGUUUUUGUACCAUUCACUGGUAUAGACAAUCAUCACUGCAAUGUUACAUUUGGUGCAGCAUUAUUGGCGUCGGAAACUGCUGAUACGUAUAUUUGGUUGUUAAGAGUUUUUCUAAAAGCUGUUGGUUCUCAACCAAAAGUUGUUAGCACUGACCAAGAUCCAGCGACGAAGAAGGCUAUUUCUGAUGUAUUUGUUGACACAAGGCAUCGGUUAUGCAUGUGGUAUGUGAUGCAUAAACUUUCUCUAAAGGUUGGUGUUAGGCUAUGCAAUUCCACCAAUUUUAAAGAACGUAUUUGUGGUGUUAUGUGGACGAAUAUUCUCACACCUGGAGAGUUUGAAUCAGAAUGGGAAGCGGUUAUCGCAGAAUUCAAUUUAGAAGAUAAUGACUGGCUAUCUGAUAGUUUUGCACUUAGGGAAUCUUGGAUCCCUGCAUACUAUAGAAUGGAGCAUAUGUCUGGUCUUAUGCGAACGACAUCCAGGUCGGAGAGUGAGAAUCAUUUUUUUGGUCAAGUGUGCAAUUCGAAAGCUACUCUUGUUGAGUUCAUGACGCAUUAUGAGACUGCAAUAGAAGCACAACGUCACACACAUCCUGAGCUUAUUGGAGUUGCGUAUUGCAUAAAUCAACGUUACGAAGAUCAGCCUGAUGGGUUUGUUAAGUUUUACGUAAAUGACUUCCAACAGCCUUGUACAUCCUUAUUUGAGACAAACAUUCUAUGCACGACGUUAUAG